AUGGAGCCUGAUUGUUCCGAGGAAAUUGAAAUGGGUGACCUUCACGAUGAUGACGACUCGUCUGCUAUAGCGACCACCUCAAAUGAACACAGAUCUGUAGAUGCCGUUCCGCGACCACAUAGGCGAACCACUCCGAUGAGCUCAGUCUGGAACUUCUUUAAGAAAGCAGUUAAUGUGGAAUGCAACGCAGAAACUGCUGUUUGCAAUUCCUGCGGUAAAUCACUUUUCAUCCCAAAAACGAGGACAACAUCAAACCUACUGCAUCACCUUAGAAGCAAACACAAGGCGGAAGUGGAGAAGUUUGAGCAACGAGCGAGUCUGAAUAAAAACGAACGCGAGAAACAACCUAAAAUUGAGGACGUGUUUAAAAGGAAAAUUGGCAAAGCUGCAAAAGAGGAUAUCGAUCGAAAGCUGAUAGUUUUUCUUGCAAAAGCAUCUCUUCCGCUACACGUCACUCAGUUGCCAUCCUUCGCGGAGCUUUUGCGAUCACUUCACCCAUCCUAUGCCACGCCAAGCACAAAAACAUUGUUAAAGCUGAUGCAAAAAGAAGUUGAUGCCAUUGAUGACGACAACAGAAGAGUGUUUUCUGAGGAUGCACAGAUUGCAAUCACAGUCGAUGAAUGGUGGUCAAAAAAUGCAUCAUGUUCAUUGCUUGCGAUUACCGGUCAUGCCCUGGGAGGGGACUUUUCGGAAAGAAUCAACGUGGUGUUGGACUGUGCUCCGCUUGAGGAGGAUAGCCACACGAGCGAGCUGGUAGAAUCGAAAAUAUUGGAAAGCUUGUCUAGACUCGGAAUUGCCAAAGAGCGAGUGUCAUUCAUGAUUGCUGAUGGAGCAUCGGUUAUGGUGAAAACAGCAUCCGACCUAGGCAUACAAUACAUCCACUGUUGUGCUCACGUCAUUAAUUUAUCCGUGGCGGCUGCCCUUAAUCUUCCAAUGUGCGCGCAUGUUCUGAAGAAAGUGAAGCACGUGGUGUCCAAGCUAAAUAAGAACGGAAAGUUGAAGAAAAUGUUUAGACGGUUUCUGAACGAAGAAAACCUCCCGAAUGUUGUGCCAAUGAAUGAUGCUCCAACUAGAUGGUCCAGUACAUACUUCAUGCUAUGUGACUUCCUAGCCGCAAUGCCGGCAGUUGAAAGAUUGCUGUCAACUUGUGACAUGCUGCCGUUUGAGGAUGGGGAAAUACGGAUACUAAAGGCAAUGAGAGUAUUCUUACAGCCGUUUCAGGCUAUGACUAACCAGGUGUGCUAUCAAACGUCUUGCUGUUCAAUGUUCAUUCCAGUAGGAAAACUCUUGAUCGCGAAGACUGAAGAGAAUCUAGCAGCUGCUCGAAGGGAAGGACUACAGUUUGGCGAGAAAUUAAGCUCACAGAUGCCACAGGAAGAUCUUCAGAUGGAGUUGCAGCAGUACACUAUACAUCUGAACCGAGGAGACGCACGACCAAGUCCUGAUGCAGACCCAGUUCAGUGGUGGCGCUCUCACAAAACUCAGUUCCCCCUAUUGGCAUCAUCAGCAGCUGAAUACCUCGUCGCGCCUUGUACAUCCGUAGACAGCGAAAGGCUGUUUAGCACUGCUGGCGUUAUCUAUGGCAAUAAAAGGAGAGGGCGACUCACAGCAAAACACGCAAGGCUUUUUUUGAUGAUCAACGCUAAUUCGAAUAAGGAAACCAGUAGGUCAUGCAAAGCUUGGACACAAAAGGAAGUCCUUCGUUAUGGAUGCAACUAG